AUUACUCUGUGAGACGUUGCUACAGUUUCCAGAAGUCAAGCAUGGUUCAUGCGAAGAAAGGACUGCCUGUUAAAUCUCAGCUCAGUGUCUUCAGCACCUCGGUGUUUCUUCUUCUAACACACACCUGUGCAGGUCAGUCUCAGUUGAUUGGUUCAUCUCAGCCAAUAGUGGCAAUAGUUGGUGAUGACAUCAUAUUGCCGUGCAAACUGGACCCUGCAGUAGACGCUGCUGCCAUGACAGUGGAGUGGACGAGACCCGACCUGCAGCCCAGAUUUGUGUAUCUGUGGCGUGACGGUCAUGAACUUCUAGUUCAGCAAAACCCGACAUACAAGAGAAGAGCGUCUCUGUUCACUGACAAACUGAAGCUCGGAGACGUUUCACUGAAACUCUCUGACGUGAGACUCUCUGAUGAGGGAAAAUACAGGUGCUUCAUCCCUUCACUGGGCAAAGAAACAGCCAUGGAGCUUAAAGUUGGUCAGCCUCAGCUGAUCGGUCCACCUCAGCCAAUAGUAGCAAUAGUUGAUGAUGACACCAUUUUGCCGUGCCAUCUGGAACCUGCCGUGGAUGUCACUGCCAGGACAGUGGAGUGGACAAGACCCGACCUGCAGCCCAGCUUUGUCCAUAUGUGGCGAGAUGGUGCGAACCUUCUGAUUCACCAAAACCCAACAUACGAGGGAAGAACGUCUCUGUUCAUGGACAAACUGAAACAUGGAAACGUUUCACUGAAACUCUCUGAGGUGAAACUCUCUGACGAGGGAAGAUACAAAUGCUUCAUUCCCUCCCUGGGUACAGAAACUACUAUCGAGCUUGUUGUUGGUGCUGCCUCCUCUCCUGUCCUCAACAUGACCAAAAGCAGCAGUGGAGUGGUUUUAGAGUGUGAAAGUAAAGGCUGGUACCCAGAGCCUGAGCUGUUUUGGCUGGACGCUGAGGGAAAGCUCCUCUCUGCUGGAGCUCCAGAGACAGUCAGAGGUCCUGAUGGCCUCUAUACUGUCAGCAGCAGAGUGACUGUGGAGAAGAGCCACAGCAACAGCUUCACCUGCAGGGUUCAGCAGCUCAGCAUCAACCAGAGCAGGGACACACACAUCCACGUCCCAGAUGAUUUCUUCAUGGUUCCUUCUAACCCUGCUGUUCUUGUUGCCAUUGGUGUGUCUGUUGUCUUCCUGUGUGUUGUUGCUCUCGUCUUUGUUGUGUGCAAAUGGAAACGUAACAAAACAAAACUCGAGAUGCACAUUAAGGAUGGCUCUGAAAAGAGAGAAAGAGAGAGAAAGACCAAAUCUACAACUAACAACACAGAAGAUGAGUUUCUCAUGGAGGGAGAAGGAAACCAGAAGCAGCUCACAGCAGAAAGACAUAAAAUGAAGGAUCUGGAGAAGGAAAAACUUGAGGAUGAACUACAAAAGAAAGAGAAUGCCGGGAAACACCAGGAGAAGAAACUUAACAAAUUGGUGGGUAAUAAUGGGGAACAAGAGAUCAAACCCCAACUAGAGGAGACAGAGAGAGAGAGGGAUGGGAAUAGGAGGAAGCUUCUCUCAGUGGACAGGGAGAUAAGAGAGACAGAGACAAAGAAGACAGACCUUGACACGCAGAACGGAGACACAGAGAAAGAUGAAAACAAAAAGCUUCCUUUAGAGGCUGAAACAAAUCAAGCCAAGAAAAAGGCAGAACUUGAGAAACAGCCUCCAAAGAUGGAGAAGGCACAGGAGAGGACAGAUGAUGAAGUUGUCAGAGUGACAGAAGAGGAGAUGAACAUAGAGAAGCAGCAAAUCAAAGAGAAGUUAGAGGAGCCACAGAAACAGAGGGGGACAGAAGGGAAGCCUCAGUCAGUCAGAAGGGAAGCGAUACAGACGGAGAGAGAGAAGACUGAUCUCAAAGUACAGCAAGAGGCAGCAGGAACAGAAAACCAAAAGCUCAGACAAGAGACAGAGCUUCAGUCAGAUGAACCUCAGAGAGAAAAAGGCCAAAUGAGUGUGGAUGAACUUGCACAGCUACUGGGGAAGAGCAACCUCAAUGACACACAUGAGCUACAAGAGAAGCAGAAUGAACAGAGACAUGAAGAAACUGCACUUUCCACACUGAUGGGACAGCAGAAGGAACUGGAAAAUCAGAGUGAUGAGCUCGAAAUGCUACUGGAGGAGGUUGAGAGACAGAGGGACGAGGACGAGCUAAAUUUGAAUCUGGACAAGAGGAAGGCAGAACUUGAUAAAGAGAUACAGAAGACAGAGGAAAAACUGACGUCAAUAGCAAGGCAAAUUGAUAGAAUACAAAAAGGAGGAAGUUUGAAGAACUCCAAUGAACAGAUGCAGAAACUGGAUGUCAGUCAGCCUGAUGAAUCAGAGAGCGAUGAAGAUCUUUAGCAGGAAGUCACAGCCGAGCUGAAUCUCAGUCCUCAGUCAACCCUCAAUCCUUGUCUCCUUGCUCGUCGUCUGUGGGCUCUUGACUUUCACUUCAUGAAACAACUUCUCAAAUAACGAUUUCUGACAUACAUUUGACAAACAUUUCCAUAUGAAGUGCCUUUUUUAAAAUAAAUAAAUAAAUAAAUGUAUAUAUGCUUUUUUUUUUUUUUUUUUUACUACUAUAGUUGUUAUGUUACUCAGUGUUUUGAAUAUUUGACAUAUUUAGUUGUUUUGCCUUAUUGACAUGAGGCUCCUUUAAAAUAUCACACUUGAUACUUGAUAAUAUUUUGUGUUUGUGAAUAAAUAA